CUCAGAUCAAAGCAGAGCUUGAUUACAGGGAGCGGGGGCGCCACUCGAUGAUCUGGAAAUGGGAUUUGGGGCUUUAAGAACUGUUGUUCGAUCGUUAUCUCGCACCGUACUGUCUCGCACCUCCGCCACGUGUUCGGCGACAUCGUUUCUCUCCUCUACUCCGUUUCCGACAUCUAAUUUCCGCUCCGCUUUUGCUCCGGCGGCUCAUGGACAAUCUCCAUUGAUCCCGGUAUGUUCUCCUUUUCACAGCUUAACGGAUACUCGUUACCCGAAGAGAAGACCCCAAGACAAGCCGCGUCGAAAGCGAACUAGCUUGAGACCUCCAGGGCCAUAUGCUUGGGUACAGUAUGUACCGGGGCAGCCAAUUCUUCCCAACAAUCCUAAUGAAGGGAGUGUCAAGAGAAGGAAGGAGAAAAAGCGCAUGAGGCAACAUCGGGCGUUUGUAUUGGUUUGUAUUGGUUUGCCAUGUUCUUUGUUUGAGUGCAAACUAUUUGCUUAUGCUAUUUGUUUGUUUGGGUAUUUAACCAAGUCAACUGUGAUAAAUGGACUAAUGUGCAACCAUUUGCUCUUGUUCUUCAUUCUUUGAUUAAGUGCGAUGUGGGGCUUUAAUUUGAUUGGUAUAUACUCGGAAUUGAAUGCGCUAUUGACUUAUCCCCUUUGACAUUACAUUUUUACUUUCAUUGGGCCAAUUUGUGUUUGUAUGAUCGUAUCCUAAAUUGCUGACCUUCAGUUCUGAGAUAAGAUGGUAUUGUUUUGUUCUUUGGACAAUGCUUAUGUUAUGUCUCAAAUGGAAUAAAUUUUGGUGUACAGGGAGAGGCAAAGAAGAGGAAGGCUCUGGUGCAGGAGGCUAAGAGGAAGAAGAAGAUUAAACAAGUAGAGCGUAAGAUGGCUGCAGUGGCAAGGGAAAGAGCAUGGGCUGAGAGACUGGCAGAGCUGCAAAGCCUCGAGGAAGAGAAGGAAAAAACCAUGGCUUGAGUUAUUACUCUCUAGGACUUCAUAUUGUGAAGUUCUGAUGGUAGUGGUAUGCUGAUUUUGCAACACCCAACCUAAUUGCUAUAACUUCCUUGUAUGUUUUUCCUCCAAGGUUGGUUAUUGCUUUGCUUCAGUGCUGACAUUUUUGAUAUUAGGGUGUACUUGUUUUGCACUUGUCAAAUUGUAGACUGGGAAUUGUAUUUUGCAUACAGAAUUCAUCAACCAUAAGUUGCAAUUCUGUUA